GGAGGCGGGACUUCCUGGGCCGGAAGCGGCGAACCCGGGAGCGUGGAGUGGAGCGGGUCCUUGGGGCAGGUCCUCGGAAAGGACGCGGGCUAGGGGAAGCUCAACCUCGGGGAAUUGCCCGUCGCGGAGGGAGGCUGUGUGCGUCUCCCUCGCUGUCCUGGCCCUCUGCGAAGAGUGUCGGCGGGAGCAUGGACAGCCGCCUCCAAGAGAUCCGCGAGCGGCAGAAGCUGCGCCGGCAACUCCUCGCUCAGCAGUUGGGAGCUGAGAGUGCGGACAGUAUCGGUGCCGUGUUAAAUAGCAAAGACGAGCAAAGGGAGAUUGCUGAGACCAGAGAAACUUGCAGGGCUUCUUAUGACACUUCAGCUCCAAAUGCAAAGCGCAGAUAUUUGGAUGAAGGGGAGGCAGAUGAAGAAGACAUGGAAGAAUAUAAGGAUGAAGUAGAAUUGCAGCCAGAUGAAGAGAACCUGCCCUACGAGGAAGAGAUCUACAAAGACUCCAGUACUUUCCUUAAGGGGACCCAGAGCUUAAAUCCUCACAAUGAUUAUUGCCAACACUUUGUUGACACAGGACACAGGCCUCAGAAUUUCAUCAGAGAUGUGGGUUUAGCAGAUAGAUUUGAAGAGUAUCCUAAGCUGAGGGAGCUUAUCAGACUGAAGGAUGAGCUGAUCUCAAAGUCAAACACUCCUCCCAUGUAUUUACAGGCAGAUCUAGAUGCUUUUGACAUCAGAGAGCUAAAGUCCAAAUUCGAUGUAAUUCUUCUGGAACCUCCUUUGGAAGAGUAUUACCGAGAAACUGGAAUCACUGCUAAUGAAAAAUGCUGGACCUGGGAUGAUAUUAUGAAGCUAGAAAUUGAGGAGCUUUCCGGACUACGGUCAUUUGUCUUUUUAUGGUGUGGCUCUGGGGAGGGCCUGGACCUUGGCAGAGUGUGUUUACGCAAAUGGGGUUACAGAAGAUGUGAAGAUAUUUGCUGGAUUAAAACCAACAAGAACAAUCCCGGGAAGACGAAGACUUUGGACCAGGCUGUCUUCCAGAGGACAAAGGAACAUUGUCUGAUGGGCAUCAAAGGGACUGUUCGGCGUAGCACAGAUGGCGACUUCAUUCAUGCCAACGUGGACAUUGACUUAAUUAUCACAGAAGAACCUGAAAUUGGAAACAUAGAGAAACCGGUAGAGAUUUUUCAUAUCAUUGAACAUUUUUGCCUUGGUAGAAGACGUCUUCACCUUUUUGGAAGGGACAGUACAAUCCGACCAGGCUGGCUUACUGUGGGACCCAAUCUUACCAAUAGCAACUUCAAUGCAGAAACUUAUGCUUCCUACUUCAGCAUUCCCAAUUCCCCUCUGACGGGAUGUACGGAAGAGAUCGAGAGACUGCGGCCAAAGUCACCCCCCCCAAAAUCAAAAUCUGAUCGAGGAGGUGGCGCCCCGAGGGGGGGCGGCAGAGGGGGCACGUCUGCCGGUCGUGGAGAGAGAGGCCGGGAAAGAAACCGGUCCACCUUCCGCGGAGAGAGGGGCGGGUUUCGAGGGGGCCGUGGAGGGGCCCACCGCGGGGGCUUCCCCCCGCGCUAGCACCGUUGCAGGCAUGACCCCUUUGGUUCCUCCUCCUCCUGGGUCUGUGCUGGGGACUCGCGUUAGGAACCAAAGCCAGUCGACUCCUCGUGUUCGGAAACCAUUGGCUACCUCCUGUGGACUUGCCACGUGUGGCAGGCUUUGUCUGGUUUGUGUUCAUGUGCGUGUGACUGAGCAGAGGGAGAACACACAAGUACCUUAGCCCAGAUGAAAUUUAGUCUAGUUAUGUUCUAGAUCAGCCAGGUCCUUUGCUCCGUUUUCAUAGCCCAAGAAAACCUUCCAAGCUAAACUCUGUCGCUAGUGCCCGGACGAGAGCUCAGCCUGCUCGCUCUCCGUUUCCGCGGUCACGUUCCUCGUAGGCCUAAGACAACCUGUCUUGGUAUUGAUGCAAUAGAAUGGGAGACCCGCUUCUCAUUCAUUCCUGUUUUCUCGCUGUCCGGCUCUAACAGCAAAACGAUAGUUAAGACUUUUUGUUUUACAUUUUUUAUUGUUUCAGAGCCAAAUGGGUAAUUAGGCAGAGUUUGGCUCUUCAGCCGGCUGAGGAGGCAGAUGCUUGUCAGAAGCAUGACAGGAAUUCUUCCAUGUAGAUCAGUGACUCCUUGUCUUCCUUACAACCAUUAUGGUUAGAGUCCAGAUCUCAGCUGGGCUCAGGCACUUUCAGACUUCCAGCAGCCGUUGUAGGUGUUAGCAAGUAAAAGGGUGAAGAAAGCUGCAGAAGCUGGCCGAAGGGUUGGGAUUAUCGGCUGCUUCCUUUACACAUCCCUGAGAACGGAAAGCAGCCUUUGUCCUUAAAUUUGUUACAAAGAAUUUAAGGAGAGAUGGGUAUUUGUUCUAAAGACUGUACAACACAGCUUGUGGACAGAAAUCUGAUUCCGCUUAUUGUGUUUUGUUUCUAUUUUUAUGAGAGACUGAUUUGGUAAAUCAUUUAUAUGACACUUUAUACAACCUGGUUCUCUUCUGUAAUUCAUGUUUUAAAAGAAUUUGCUGACUUUGGGGCAGUGAAAAUGAUUGCAUUGUUAAUUUUGAUAAAUACCAUUUUUAUAACAUUUUGAGUAGGUUUUUUCUUUUGAAUGAAAGGUGAUCAUUAGAUGCACAUCUUAAGAUGCACCUUUUGGGGAGUCUGCUUUCAAGAGCUGCACUGGUCUUGUUUCUGGAUGAAACCCUGGAAGGCUGAGAGUAAGAGCCUGUUUAGAUGUCACUGAUCCCUCAAGCAGACUGAGAAAAUUCAUGGAGAUGUGGUUGUUCCGUGCCACGCUAUGUUGAAUCCUUUUUGGUUCGGUUCAGUGUGUAUUUUUUACUAAAGUGGCACCUUAGCAUCCUUCUCUCAGGUCUACCAGGAGUAAAGUUCCUUUUCGUAAAGGCGCACCCUGAGUGUAGGAGGUUGGGAAAAGCUCUGAUCUCCUGAGCUCCUUGCCGGCUUGGUGGCAGUGGCAGCUAAGGAGGAGUGAUACGUAUCCUGAGAGGACAUGGCUGCCUCUUUGGGGGACCAGGGCCUGGCCGUGGCUGAGGGGAGAAUCAGACCUGGCCUUCAGAAGUGGGCAUGUCCUUGUCACUGGACAGGAUUCAUCCAUCUGUCAGGAGCACAGCUCUUCCUUUUUCCCCUGUGUUCAUCUCUGAUGGGCAUUGCUUUGGGAAGCGACUUCUACCUGCUCUCAGCCAGUGACUCCCACGACCUCAUGCCAAGCCCCAAUGGAGGAUUUGGCUGACUGAAUCUUUUCCAUAGGCUCCAUGAAAUGCCUUAAUUAGAGAGAUAUGCGUAACUUAUUUGGGGGAAAUAUGUUAUCUAACAUGGGUUUCUUCCAAUCUCGUGAAGCCUCCGAGAGUGGGUUUUGAAUGAGAGUUUGCAAGGAAAUUUUUGUUUUGAGGAAAUUCCUAGCUCAAUACAAACCAAUCUCAUAAAUAACGUCCUUAAGUGAGUUCUUAACAACAACCCUAAAGAUAGACGGUUGGUGCCACUAAUAGGAAGCUGGGUUACAAAUCCAGCGCUCCUGGGCUCUCUUUGGGUUAACUUGAAUGAUGAAAGAUUACAGCCUACCAACUCCAAACCAGGACAAGAGGAGGCGUUGGACCUCUGGCUAACAUCAUUGACUGUGUGAAUUGGAAGGUCACCCAGGCCCAUCUGUCCGUGACCAAGGACCUGACAAGAUCCCUACUUUGUAAGGGAAUGCUGCCAUAACGUAGGAGGUUUUUCUAUGCAUUCAAACACAAAUCUGCUUCCACUUCCACCCUGUGACUCUAGCUCUGCCUUCAGUGGCUGAGAAGACAAGUCCAGUGAUCCCGCAAAGGGUUAAGCUCCCUCCACUUCAGGAAGGACCCCGUCCCCCUGUUUCUGUAAGGACACUAUCCUUCCCCUUUGCCAGGUCCAGCCCCCCGGUGCAGUCUUGGCUCUUCACUCCGUCACCCCACGCAUCCCCUUUUCAGAUCUUGCCGUUUCCCCUCCAGUUCGCUACUCACUGGCCAGUGCCUUCCACCUGGACCGUUGCAGGAGCCUUCUCACUGGUCUUCUGCUUCAAGCUUCUCCCCAUUCCAGUCCAUCCUGAGGUAUAGGUGUGAUGGCGCCAUUCCCCUUCUCAGGUGGUUCCUUCUUGCCUUUAGGAUCCAAUGUAAACUCCCCUGCUGGGCAUUGAAAGCCCUUCAUGACCAGGCCCCUGCCUAUCUUUCCAGGAUUACACGUUACUGUCUGGACCACACUCUACGCCUCACCAAGCUUACAUAAUUGCUAGUGGCUCGUUGAGUAUUUUUCAGCCAGGUCUGCACAAAAUAAGUGCCCAGAAUAGGGCUUGUUCAGUGGUGUGAGGGACCGGAUUGACUUGGCCAGUUUAGGUUGCUGGCUUCCAGUUUUCAGCACAGAUUACUGGCACACACCUGCCCUUCAUCGUGGUUACUGUGGAUAUGGCUGGAAAUGCUAUCUUUGGUGGUUAGAAUGGGUACUCGGCGGGGAAGUCGGUUUCUAUGCUGAAGGCUGUCUCGUAGUGGGCGAGGGGGGUUGUCAGAAGCAAUAAACCCUUGCCAAUCAAUAAACUGCUUCAUCAA